AUGGGGGAGAAGGUUUUUCUGGCCUUGCUCACUCUGUGGGCGUUCUCGUCCCCAUUUGUCCCUGCUUCGUGCGAUGGCUUGGUCAGGAUCAAUCUCAAGAAGAAUAAAUUGGACUCUAACCUUCUGAGAGCGGCAAGAACGGUGGCGAGAGAGAACAUCUGUCUCCAGGGCCGAGGCCUUCAACAGAGUUUAGGCGAUUCCAAUAUGGAUUUUGUGUCGUUGAAGAACUUCAUGGACGCCAGGUACUACGGGAAGAUCAGCAUCGGCACGCCUCCACAAAAUUUCACCGUGGUAUUUGACACGGGAAGCUCCAAUCUGUGGGUUCCAUCCUUGAAGUGCUAUUUCUCCGUGAGCCCUUUCACUCCAUUGGCAACGAUCUGUUUCUCUAGUUUUUCAAAUUAUUUUCUAACCAAAAUUUGAAAAAUAUACCCAGAGAUUUUACAGUUUAGUUCUAACAGGGAUAAAUUUUCCUCCCAGAUCGCCUGCUUCCUCCAUUCUAGGUACAGGUCAGGCCAAUCGUGCAGUUACAGGAUGAACGGUAUCACCUCAAAGAAGACACAGUGCUUAUAUUUUUUUUCAUAUUGAAAUUAUUGGAUAUGUUUCCUCUUUAUCAACUCCCUGCUUUUGACCUAAAUUCUUCCACCCGUAGAAUUUUGUUCGUGACUAAAAAUACGAUCAUGGUUUCUUUUUACAGGAAAAUCAAGCAAAAUUUCUUAUGGUAUCGGACUUGUCUCUGGAUUCCUCAGCCAAGACCAUGUGCGAAUCGGCAAUCUAAUUAUUAAAGACCAUGUAAGUUUUCCCAAUUAAAACAUUUUUUUUCCGUGGGCAAACUUGACGGGUUUUGCCACCAUCUCCGUUAGAUCUCUCUUAAAAUCUGUUUUCCUAUCCAUGCCCACACUUGUCACGGAAAAUAGAUCGCAUAGUUUGCUCUAUACUUCUGGGAUAUGAGUUUUCAGGUAUUCACAGAGGUCAAAAAGGAGUCAAAUCCCAUACUCUUAUUAGCAACUUUUGAUGGAAUACUAGGGUUGGGAUUCCAGGAGAUCUCUGCCGGAGGAAUCCCGCCUAUCUGGUAUAAUUUUCCUUAAUAGCUUGUUGAUUAUUUCUCGUUGAUAAAUAAACAUGCCCGUCCUUUGAAGUUUUUUUUGCCCUAAACCUUUUCGUUGUGCGCGUUCACAGGCAACCGAUGAUUGAACAAAAUCUAAUAGAGGAACAGGUCUUCUCCUUCUGGCUUAAUCGGAAUGUAGAGGACACAGAUGGGGGAGAGAUUGUCUUCGGAGGUGUGGAUCCGCAGCACUUCAAGGGAAACCACACCUUCGUUCCUGUCACUCGCAAAGGAUACUGGCAGGUAAAAGGGCUUAUAAGACCUUAAAAAAAAUUGAACUGAUCUCUCUCUUUUGAGUACUUAUUCAGUGUUUCCUUUCGGGUAACUUCUAAUUGAUUUUUUUUGUCUGUACCUCUUCUGUAGUUUGAGCUGGGUGAUUUUGUGAUAGGCAACGAGUCGACAGGUGAGGCUUCUUUUAUAGUACUCGAUGUCUGAAUGACUUAGUAUAGGAAGAGAUUGAGAUAAUUCUCGUGUCCUUCAGGUGUUUGCUCCACUGGAUGUGAUGCUAUCAUGGACUCUGGAACUUCCAUGUUGGCAGGUCCAACUGUAAGUGCUGCUGCUUAUCUUUUAAAGAAUUGGAUUUGGUGGGUGGGUUAUAGAAAUAUGCCUGUCAUUAUAGAGACGAGGCUAACUCAUUUCCAGUUGAUUUUGAUUUGGAUGGCCCAUUAAGUCUUACUUUGAGUUAAAACAGAUGGUUGCUCUUUGGUUGAAUUCACCUCAUUUAUUAUCAUGGAGUCCAGGACUUCUCAGUUAGCAGGUUUAUAAUAGCCCCAUAUUUUCUUAUAAUUGAAAUGAAUCUUUGGGUAUAAGCAAUGCCUCUGCCUAAAAAUAUUUGAUGUUUUUAAGCUAUAUAUAUUUUAAAUAUUUUUCUCUCCAAAUUUUGUGUUGUAAUUGCAAUAGAUGAGUCUUCAAGUUUGGGUUAUUCUCAGCUGAUGGAAAACCUUUUCAAGAUUGGGUUAGCCGGGUUGUCUAAGAGAAUCAUUUAUUGAUUAUACGUGAAUAUGCCAUCUUUUACCCUUUUUUUUUUGACUGGCCAAACAUGUUUCAAAUUUUAAAACGUCUCUCUCUCUCUCUCACGUUCCCUUUAAUGGAAGGGGCUGCCAAUCAGCUCUUUGGAGCCCUCCGAAACAUCUCAUGCUGUUGCAUCAUCUGGCAUCCCAUGGUUUCUCGUUGCUUGCAGUCUGCUGUUACCCAGAUCAACCACGCCAUCGGAGCACAAGGGAUUGUCAGCGUGGAAUGCAAGGAAGUCGUCUCAGAACACGGGCUGAGAAUGUUCGAGCUUCUAACAAACGAGGUUCUCUUCAUUUCUGCACCCACAAGCAUAUUCCCUUCAACAAUAUCUCUCUACAGUGGCAUCUUGAGCCUUCCUUCAACGACGCAGAGCCAGGCCCACAAUGUCUGCGGUCACAUCGGCCUCUGCAGCCUGGAUGGUGCCAUUAAGUCAGUCCUUGUAGCUCCUGCUUUGGUCUCCACUGUUGUCUCGGUUGGGGAUUCUUCAUUACCGAUAAUAAUGCGAUUUUAUUUUUUUUUUGAAGGAGGAGGAGCCCAUCCAGCAUGGGGAUCGAGUCUGUGCUCGACAGGCGAAGCGGGGAAGGAUCGUCCUCUGGUUAUGAUGCUCUGUGCAAGAAGAGAAGGAAGACCGCCGUGUGCUCUGCCUGCCAGAUGGCCGUUGUCUGGAUGCAGAAACAGCUCAAGCGGAAUCAGACGAGAGAUAGAAUACUGAAGUACGUCGACGAGGUAGGCCAACACAUUCUAAACGGUGAACACGUUCUGUGAUUUUUCUUUGAAAUGAAAAGAUAUAUGUAUAGAUAGAUAGAGAGAGAGAGAGAGAGAGAGAGAGUCUGUAGUAGUGAUGGGUGCUGGAUAUCAUACCCCAAUACAGCUGUGCGAGCGCGUGCCCAAUCCCAUGAGAGAAUCGGCCGUCAACUGCGAUCAGAUUUCGAGCAUGCCAGAUGUUUCAUUUAGGAUUGGAAGCAAGGAUUUCAGACUUGCUCCGGAUCAGGUAAUGACUUGUCCGAUUCCCUGAGAGCUCAUUGGGUCAACUCAUGGCCGUCAACCUAACCGCUCAUUUAUCUUUCUGAGACGGCCUUUGUUUGCAGUACAUCAUAAAGCUCGAGCAAGGCGACACCACCAUCUGUCUCAGCGGCUUUGUGCCACUGGACGUUCGUCCUCCUGGGGCCCCCCUGUGGUAUGCACCCUCACGACUCUGUUCAUCCUCCUCCUGCUCCCCACUGAUUAGUGCUUGGUAUUUAUAUGAGAGAGAGAGAGAGCUUGAACGCCUUGCUGUGGAUGCUGCAGGAUUCUUGGGGACGUCUUCAUGGGAGCAUAUCACACGGCCUUUGACUUUGGCAACCUUCGAAUAGGAUUUGCCGAAGCUGCCUGA